GUUCGGGGAAGGAGGAGGAGGAAGCCACGGAUUCGGGAAGGGGGGGCAGCCGCUGGGUUUGGCGCGGGCGCGUAAACAGGUAACAUGGCGGCGGCGAGAUGGACUGUGAACCUCCUCCACCGUCGAGGGGGCUUCACUGCAGGAGCGUCCGUAGCUAUUGCUACCGCGGGCUCCUCUACUUCCCCCUCGUCCUCCUCUCUGGGCCGUUUGACCCUGAGGAGUUUUGCACACGGGCGCCGUUCGGCCCUCUUCUCAGCUAUGAGAGGUUACUCUUCGGAGGCGAAAGGCGGGGAGGAGGAGCUGCGGGUCCGGUACUUGGACGACGAUUGUAAAGGAAUUGUUGUACUUGGAUUAAACAGAGCACAUGCAAAAAAUGCGCUUAAUAAAAAUCUUGUAAAAAUGAUAUCAAAAGUUACGGAAGCUUUGAAAACUGACAAAAAAGUACGGACGGUUAUAUUCCGAAGUGAAGUUCCUGGGGUAUUUUGUGCUGGUGCGGACCUUAAAGAAAGAGCCAAAAUGCACUCUAGUGAAGUAAGCUCUUUUGUCUCAAAAGCAAGAACAACGAUCAAUGAAAUGGCUAAUCUUCCAGUACCAACUAUUGCUGCAAUCGAUGGCAUUGCAUUAGGCGGUGGCCUGGAAUUGGCUUUAGCCUGUGACAUACGAGUAGCAGCUACUUCUGCAAAGAUGGGUCUAGUUGAAACAAAAUUAGCAAUCAUUCCUGGUGCAGGAGGAACGCAAAGGCUACCUCGUACAAUUGGAGUGUCUCUGGCAAAGGAACUUAUAUUUUCUGCCCGUGUAAUUGAUGGUGAAGAAGCAAAAUCAAUAGGAUUGAUCAGUCAUGUGGUGGAACAGAAUGAAGCAGGGGAUGCUGCCUAUAGAAGAGCUUUAGCCCUGGCAAGAGAAUUUUUACCUCAGGGACCAGUAGCAAUGAGAGUUGCAAAACUGGCCAUCAAUCAAGGAAUGGAAGUAGAUCUGCUAACAGGCUUGGCAAUUGAAGAAGCUUGUUAUGCUCAGACAAUUCCAACAAAAGACAGAAUUGAAGGUCUUCUUGCUUUUAAAGAAAAAAGACCCCCUCGCUACAAAGGAGAAUAGAAAAAUCAAAAACAGAUGCCUUUUAAAAUGCAAAUGAAAUAAACAUACUGCUGGAAGGACUUUUCAGCUGCCUUUUGCCUCAGAACGUGGAAUAUUGUUACCAUGAAAGUAAAUGUAAUCAUCCAUCAUUAGAUACAGCAGACACCUGCACUCAUGACUUAAUUGGUUCCCCAAUGAUGCUUAUUUAAAAAGCCAUUAUUAAGUUGAACCCACUUUCUCGUUGGGGCCAGUGUAGAAAUAUAGGUUUAGUUCCCGGGCAGUUCUCAAGCCCCAGUUCCAACAUCCUCUUUGCUCUCUUGUCAACUUCUGCCAUCUUGUUUGUGCCUCCUGUUCCCUUAUACAGUCUUCUCUAUUUUCCCAUCCAUCUUCCAUGGACUUGUUCGUUCCUUCUGUCCCUCUAAGCUAUCUUCUCUAUUUUCCUAUCUGUUCUAGGCUGCCUUGCUUGCACCUUCUCUGCUGCUCAGUUACCUGUUCUGUUUGCUCUCUUGUCAUCAUGCUGGUCAUAAAGAUUGUAAAACUGUAUUUUGGACUCUAGUGAGAGGGCAUUGGGUAACAAUGAAGUGGUUGUUGAAGCAAGGAGUUGCAAAAAGAGUCAUCAGAAGUCUGGGUCUGCUGUAUCUAUAAUGUACUCAAUUUGUAUUUAGUCUUAUGGUUUCUAAAGGCUUCUCUGUAUAUUUUCAACAACAUUCAGUUGUUGAGCACUUUAAUUCCAUAUACUGGAUUUGAACUGCAUAUUUUAUCAGUUAAAAAUUUACAUUCCUAAUGUAAACAGAGCUUAAGGUAAUCAUAAGAAGUGUAAAUCUUCUGCUGUUGUAACAGAAUAAUUUAAUCCUUCACACCAAACAUAUGAGCUGUAUCACAUAAAGUUUCUCAAUGAGUCUUUAAUAUAUAUUUUAAAUCAUGUUUCUUUUAAUUGAAUUUAUACAUUUACUAAUAAAGUUAGCUGAACUGACCAGAGGAAGUGGCUGAAAUUCUAUUGCUUUUUAGUAAAAGGCAUAAUAUUCACACCUUCCCAGCCAGUAAUUAAAGAGUCUUUGUUAGGAUUCUCAAGCCUGCCCCAAGCCAGUGAGUUGGUGCACUCCACAGAACCACAGUGGUGGCUGUUUAAUUACUAGCUGGGAAGGAGUAAAUGUUAAACCUUUUGUGCAGAGUAUCAGGAUUGCCGCAGAUAUAUGAAAUAUCAUAUUUGUUCAUGACUUCCAUUGAUACAUUAAAUUCUUUUGGAAACCUAUUAUAUUGUGGUGUUGCAUAGUUGAGGAGAAUUAGUAUAUUAAUCAAAGAAUGCUUAAAUUAGGCCUCCAAUAUCAAUGGGAUUUUAAUAAGAGGUGAUGUUAGAUGUUGCCUAGAGUAACAUGGCAUAAAUUACGUUUUUUUUCCACAGACACAAUGACAAAUGCAUUUUAGAAUGAAGUACUGUCUUCCUAGUUGUGCAUGUAUGACUGUUGCCUUCUUUUUAUGACCAUGAUAUUAUCAUCUCUGCAUUUUCUCUAGCAGCUACAUAGCUGAAGUGUAUGACUGUAAAAUUUAUAUCUACAGUUGUGCUAAAUGGGUCUUAUUAUAGUGAUUUAUGAAUUA